UGCUAGUGAAAAUCAAAGAGAAUAUAAACGCGAACCUGACUGAUUCAACAUAAAUGGAAUUUAUGGACUCAAAAAUAAAGUCUUAAAUUGUUAAUAAUUUAUUUUUGUACAUUUCCAUUUGACUUCCUUGUGUAACGAAGGUACUGAAAAUUAUACUACGUACCUCAUGUAAGGUAAAAAUGGCUGAAGAUUUUGUCGAUAGCAUUGAUAUCGAGGAACAUGAUGUUCUGGAUAAUCCAACAAUAAGAAAAAUAUUUCCGGAUAUAUCUGUUUUGAAAAAAGAAAUAACACAUUUUUUUGAUAAUGACGAUAUCAAACCACCCGCUUCGUUGAAUUCCCAAUUGGGAGACAUAAAUAUAGAUGAAUGCGAUAGUGAAAAUGAUGUAAAAGAAAACAUUCUUCAAAGUAAUCAUUCAGAUUUGAUUGAUUCGUGCAAUUUUAAUGCUAACGUUAUUAGUGACAUUACUUGUAUGAGUACUCAAAAUGAUAAUUUAUGUUUUUAUGGCAACAAAAUAAUAUUAGGUUCAAAACCAAGUACGUAUUCCAACACAACCGUUGCAAAUGAAGUAACAAAAAAUAAAAAUCCCCAAUUAAAAGUAAUAGUUGAAGAUAUCCAGCAUUCAUUGAGUAAAAAUGAACGAUAUUGUAGUAAAUGUAAAAUUUUGUUUUUUCACACGUCUUCUAUGAGUCGUCAUAAAAAGUUAGUGCAUCAUAUACGUACUAAACAAUAUCCUUUGGUAGAAAACGACUAUACAAAAUACACAAAAUGUAACAUUUGCAGUGCAAUGUUGUCUUCAAGAAGCAAUUUAUUACGACAUUUAAAAAAUGUUCAUAAUAAAAAUCCAAAAACAAUUAAGAGAAAAAGAAAAACCACUUCGGAGACCAAAAAAUGCAUACAACCAAAUUCCAAUAAAAGGAAAUCUUGUUACAUUUGUUCACAUUGUAAUAAAAAAUUCCUUUCUGCAAGUGCACUUAUAGAGCACAUGUACAUAGUUGCAAACAAUAAAGAACGAGUAAACAAUUCCACACAUUCUAAGUCAGUUUCGAUCCAUACAGGUCGUGAUAAUGAUGUGGAAAAUUUGAGAGAUCCUGAAAACACCUGUAGUCCACAAAUACCGAACGCUAAAAUAAUUAAAAACUGUCAGGUAAGGUUAGAGAAUGUUGGGAAAUUCAUGAAACCUUUACAACUACGUAAUUCAGAAAAACAAACGCUAAAUCACGAUGAUAAAAGGGAGUCGACAGACUUAAAUAAUUUUAUGAGAUGCUCUGUUUGUUCGUAUUAUUUCAAGAACAUUCAUAGAUUUAACAAACAUGCGAUAAAAUGGCAUAAACUCAAACAGACCCCUGUCAUUAAGAAAGUUAAUUUUGAUGGUAAUUGUAAGAACUGUUCGUUGAAGUUUAACGAUAUUCCUUCAUAUAAUAUACAUUUAUAUAAUAAUCACAGAAAUCUGUUUAAGGAGGUCGUAAUAGAAACGAAAUUUAAAAAAAAAUCUGCGUCGCUGGAAAUUGGGACUCAAGUUCUAACAAAGGAUGAAGACGACACAUUACUGAAGUCAAAGUUACAGAAAAGUGUCAAUGACAUCGUAGGAUUAGUGGCUUACAAAAAUAUGUUAUUUAGAUGCACAAAAUGUGAUCUAUUUUUCUUGUCUGCCUAUGUAGCAAUGAUGCAUACGGAACAUAUGGAAUUAUUGGUAAAUUGGAAAUGUCAAACUUGUAAUCGCAUAUUCAAGUCUGAAGAUGAAUUAACGCACAAAGAGCAACACCGCUAUUUUGAGCAUUUCGACACAUUUGAAAUGAAUGAAUCGCUCAUUGAUAAAGUAUUAUUUAAAUGUAAACACUGUGAUGUGCAUUAUGCAGAAGAAAAUUUCAUACCCCAUUACAGUUCUUGCUGCUCAAAAACAUCUAACGUUACAGCAUCUAAAUCCCGAACUUCUACAAACUGCCACUAUUGUAAAAUUUUGAUAGAUCAAAGUAUCAUUCAAUCGCAUAAGGACUCUCAUAGACUCAAAAAUUAUAUACUAAAAGAUUUCAUCAUUAUAGAUUCUGCGUUUAUUAUAGAGAAGGUUGAAAAGAGUCAUGCCGUUCAUGCUAAAACAAUAACUAACAAUAAUAGUGAUUUGGAUAGGCCUAUAUCUAAAAACAACAGCUAUAGCAACAAGGACGAUAGAUAUACGGUAAAAUCAGCGUUAAAAAAAGGAAAGGUUAAUUCUAUACGUAAUAGAAGAAAUGAAAGGACCUCUGAAGAAUUCAACAUUUUUUCUCGUAAAGAUAAGCAUAUAAAGAGCCCAAAUAAAGGCAGCAAUUUACAAACGAAAUUGGUUCAAAAUGCAAAAGCUCGCUUAAAGAUCGUUUUUAAAUCAAAUUCGUGGCAAGAAUUCGUGCCAAACAUGUUUUACUGUAAAACAUGUAAAUCUUUUGUUAGUGAUGUUGCGCUGACUCGCAAGUCUCAUACGAUGUCACGAUGUUCAAAUAUAGUUAAAUAUCCAUGUGUGCUAUGCGGACUCGUACUUUCAAAUAAUGCAUUAAAAACCCACAUGAAUUUGCACAAGUUUAAGAAGGAUUUAAAAUUACAGGAUUUUAAAUUUUUAGAUGAAAACGGUGCACUAGUGUGCCCCACCGUGCCUGAAUAUCCAAAGUGCGACAACUGUGAAGUUCAUUUUGUUAGGAAAGCUUCUGUAACAAUACAUUCCUGCAGUGAUGAAAAAUAUCUGAUCUGCCACAUAUGCAAGAUUAAAUUGUCCGAAACAGCUUUCAAGUUGCACGAGUCUUUCCAUGUUUAUUCAAUAGAGUAUUGGAGCAAAAAUAAAUCAUCGAUUUCAAUAGAAGAAUUAAAGCUAGAUGAAAGUGAAAAUACGGCUAAAAUUACAAAUCCAAAUAAUGUCUCAGUACCCCAACUACUAUACACUUGUAAAAGUUGCGGUAUAACAUUAGAUACUUACGAUUCGACAGUUGAACAUUGUCAAAAACAUUAUAACAAAAAUAACUUUGUUCCUUACAAAUGUAACGAAUGUGAAUUCUCUUUUGAUAUUGGAAAUAUUAGUCAACACUAUCAGUUACAUGAACGAAAAAUUUGGAAAGCCCACAGAUCUAUCGAAUUUGAUUUGUCUUACUUUACGUCGGAAAAUCAUAUUUGGAGCAAAAAUGUUUUUAAUUCUCUUUCGAAAGAAGAAGCUGACGAUGUAGUAAGUAAAUCUAUUUAUAGAUAUGAACAUAGAAUAAAGAUGGAGUUGCAUCAAGACGGUCCAUUCGAUUUAACUUUUUAUAAAUGCGAUAGAUGUCGAACCUUCGUUGACCCUAAUUUGAUUUUUAAACAUGCAGAAAAUUUGUGUAAUCAAAAGUCUAGAAAACAUCCUUGUUCCGUCUGUGGGUUGCCCUUCGAAUCUACUAUUUCUCGAUCCAAUCAUUCGAAAAUUCAUACCCGCCCCGGAUUAGGCCUAAACUCAUAUAGAAUUGUAAUGUUCAACAAAGAAACUGAUAAGAAGUUUAACAAUAGUAUUAUCUCUUGUCAAAAUAUUUACAUUCUAUAUCAGUGUCGGAAUUGCAACUGUGUUGUUUCGAAACAUCAAGAAAGUGGACAUAAAUGUGAACACAGUAACUUGAAAAUGUGUGACAAAUGCGGUCUAUUAAUUGAUCACCACAAUUAUGAUUCACAUAUUGAUAAACACAAAUUUUUGAGUAAUUUUAACGAAGAAUCUAUAAAAGUAGUUUUAUUUGGUAAGGAUUUAAAAGGAGGACCAAAGGAUAAAAUACAAAUAAAAAAUAAACGGCGAACGUUUUCAGGCAAGGUAUUGGAUUAUAAGUUUUUCAAAUGCUCUGUUUGCGGAUUAUGUUUUAGGUCCGAAAACUCACAUGGAGUGCUCACACACAAAUGUGAGAAUAACCAAAAAUAUUCUUCUUGUUUUAAAUGUCCAGUAGUCUUACCUAAUAAUGAAAUGCGGGAGCAUCUUAUGUUGCACGAAAAUGAGAUAGAAUUUAAUAAAGAGCAUAUAGAUAUAGUUGUAUUUGUCGAAACGCAGCAACAAAAUUGUAAUUUAGAUGAGACCGUUAUCAGAACUGAAAAAGACAGUACAGUUAGUUUUGAGAAACAUCUCGGAAGUAAUUUUGAAAUUAUGCUGGAUGCUGAAAAAUCAUUAAAAUUAUACAAGUGCACAAUUUGUGAUUUAUGCUUUCCAGAUAAAAUGUCUGGUGAUCCCAGGAUACUCAUAAACAUCAUUGCUGUUCAGUGA